GGUUAUCUGACCAAAUUAUCAGGGGUACAGUAAUAUCUACCAUUUCUAUUACUAUUUAUAUAGCAUACACACUCUCACUCUUUCAAACAUGAUUAUUUGGUAAAGUUAUCAGGGGUAGUAACUAGCAUAAUUUAUUUGACUAUUUAUUUCACACACACCUCAUUGGCUAGGUUAGCUAGCUAGCUAUCUAGCCUUGGAGCUAGCUAACUAGCCACAUCUAGCACAACAUCACUACUAAACUGACCUGGCAAUCCUACUAUCGUGGACACUUUUGUGUUUAUGUAGCUGUCAGCAGUUGUGUCAAAAAGACACGGUUUUGGGGAUACUGCGAAAAAUGAUUCUCUCCUCCAUGUGCACAACUGCAUGCGACCAUUUGCAAAAGGUACCUGCAUCAGUAUAGUUGCCUAUCUGCACAAAAUGUGAUGCAGCAGUGAUGCAAUGACGCAGUCGAUUCGAAGCGAAUAAGCGUUUUCCUACCAGAGCGUUUUCCGGCAGCACAAACGGCGACGGCUGCUUCAGUAGAAUAACUUACAUUCAACAAAGUGACCCUAGCAAUGAGAAGAGCAAAGCAUGUUACGGAAGCUGUGCUGUGUGAUUCUACUCAUCGUCCAGAGGGAUACAGAAAGUACACGUGUGAUUGGAGGAUGGAGGACUGUGGUACUGGGGGAAGAUGUGGACUUAUCCUGCAGACUGAUAGAGACAGACGGGGAGCUUGAACAGAUAACAUGGCAGAAAAGUACUUUGGAAGAAACACAGAAACUUCAUUUGCUGCUGAUCUAUCCCAAUGGGGUUAUUGCACCGAAUGGAUUGAGUGGUAGAGUCCAGUUUAUUGGGAACCCAUCAGAAAACCUUGGAUCUAUUCGAAUAACAGCUGUCAGACUGUUGGAUGAAGGAAUCUUCACAUGUAUCUUCAGUGUUUUCCCCAGUGGAGCAUACACUACAGAGAUACGUCUGACUGUGCUAGUUCCUCCAGUAGUGAGUGUGACAGUUGAUGUUGCUCCUGUCAUUGGGGAGAAUGAGGUUGUCUUGGCAACCUGCGUGGCUGCUGGUGCCAAGCCACAGGCAGAAGUGAGGUGGAAGACGGGUGCAUUUGGCAGUUUGAGGACAGUGACUAACUUCACACAGCACGCCAACGGAACCACCACAGUACUCAGCCACCUGCUCGGGGUACCAACCAAGGCAGCCAAUCAUCAGCGGGUCCAGUGUGUGAUCAACCAGUCUGCCCUGGUAACAGAGAAGACCUACAACUACAGCAUAAACAUCCGCUAUCCACCUCAGUCAGUGAACAUUACCCUUAGUGAGGCCUCUAAAGCCACAGUCUUCCUUUGUGUAGCAGACAGCAACCCACACCCCAACUACACCUGGAGCAGGGUGGUCCAGCCAUGGCCUGGGUCUUCAGUGAGAGCAGAGGGAGACAUACUGCACCUCUUCAGUCUCAACUCUGAGCUGAAUGGUCUCUAUGUCUGUCAGGCCUCCAACCCCUAUGGACGAGCAACUGGCUCCCUCUAUGUACACACAUCCUCUGAGACCUCUGCUGCCUGUUGGGUUCUACUCGUUGUCAUUCUCUGUCUGAUUGUUGCUGCGGCUGCACUCAUAUGGUACCGGUGCAAAUACGGACAGUUUCCUUGGAGUUCAUUUGUGGCCAAGGCACCAGAACAGAUAUGCUACUAUAUCAGUAUCUUCCAAGACGAGGAGACAUGACAAGGUUGAGGAAGGUGAAGAUGACUCAUUGACUGCAACUGUCCAAACCAGGAAGGAGCCUGAGGAAGAGGAAGAAGUAUCAUGAUGUAUGGAACAAUAUACCUUAUUUGUUUUUUGGAAACAUUUUAUUUUUAAUUUGUAUUAUUCCAAAUGUUUUUCAUGUUUGAUAGAUUGUCUGUCUGUUCAUUAAGUAUAUUUAUUGUGUUAGCUCGAAGAAAUCGCCGGACAGGUUUUAAGUGAAUGCCAGAAAAAUCUCAUUCUCCAAUGUUCUAACCAUCUGCAAAGAAUAGGCACAUUAUCCCGGGUGGCGCAGUGGUCUAAGGCACUAGAGAUCCUGGUUCGAGUACAGGCUCUGUCGCGACCGGGAGACCCAUGGGGUGGCGCACAAUUGGCCGGGUUAGGGGAGGGUUUGGCUGGCAGGGAUGUCCUUCUCCCAUCACGCUAGAAUGACUCCUGUGGCGGGCUGGGAGCAUGCACGCUGACACGGUCGCCAGGUGUACAGUGUUUCCUCUGACACAUUGGUGUGGCUGGCUUCCGGGUAAAGCAGGCAUUGUGUCAAGAAGCAGUGUGGCUUGGUUUUAUUGUGUUUCAGACGACGCAUGGCUCUUGGCCUUUGCCUCUCCUGAGUCCGUACGGGAGUUGCAGCGAUGAGAUAAGACUGUAACUACCAAUUGGAUACCUCGAAAUUGUGGAGAAAAAUAUAUAAAAAUAAAACAGAAUUAGCACAUUCUCCAACCAUCUAAUGAACAAUAUCUUCUAGGACAUUGGAAACCUCGACUCCACCACAGCUUCACCCAGUGGUGGUCCUUGUUUCAGAGUUUUGUUCCCCUCUCGUGGACUCCACCUUGUCAUGGUGAAGGGUCUUUGUUGCUUCAGUGGGAAUAACAACUCUCCUGUAUGUAUGUAUGUACGGUGCUUUCAGAAGUAUUCAUACCCCUUGACUUAUUCCAUAUUUUGUUGUGUUACAGCCUGAAUUUCAAAUGGAUUAAAUAAAUAAAAAUCUCACUCAUCUACACAUAAUAACCCAUAAUGACAAAGUGAAAACAUAUUUCUUGAAAUGUUUGCAUAUUUAUUGAAAAUUAAAUACAGAAAUAUCUCAUUUACAUAAGGAUUGUGGUGGCAUUUUUCUGCUUUACCAAAUGAGGAGAGUUACAAACUACACACCAGUCAGAGUUAUACUUAAACUACAUAUUUUUUUAUAAUUAAGCUUUGCAAUAGCUCUUUUUGACUUUCAAUGAUGCGCUAUCUCUAAUGAACCAUUGAAAAGUACCACCAGAAAAGUACAAAGAUCUUUUAUAGCCAAGAUACACCCCUCUCAACUUACAUGACAAACCACAGAUCUUAGGAACAGUUCACAAAGGUUAAGAUUUGUAUGAAAGAUAUCUAUAAAACAUAGCAGACAGUUACUGCUGUGUCAACAGUUCUCAUAGUAAAGACCAGUGUCUGGCCCCCUCCUACUCCAAACUGGAACCCGUCUCACCCUGGUAGGGUAUAGCACAAAAACAUUACCGUUACUAUCUGGAAUGCUCUUUAGGUUUUAUUACCCAAAGACAUCGUAAAUCUCCUCUGUCAGUGCAAUCUCAUAGAGGCCCAUCCUCAGUGGAACACACACACAAUACUCUAUUCUGUCGAAUGUAACAACUUUUAUAAUGUAAUAGAAGCAUUAUAACAAUCCUACAAGCAUUAAAACAUAAUCUUGCAAUUUUCCACGACAGGAUUCACACCCAUAAGUCAAUACAUGCUAUAAUCACCUUUAGCAGUGUCUUUCUGGGUAAGUCUCAAUUUAACUAAAAACUGUAACUAUGCCACUCCCAAACAUGUAAUGUCGUCUUGGUAAGUAACUCUAAUGUAUAUUUGGUCUUGUGUUUUAGGUUAUUGUUCUGCUGUAAUGGGAAUUUGUCUCCCAGUAUCUGGAAAUCGGACUGAACCAGGUUUUUCUCUAGGACACUGCCUGUGCUUAGCUCUAUUCCAUUUAUUUAAAAAAACAUUUAAACUCCCUAGUCCUUGCCGAUGACAAGCAUACCCAUAACAUGAUGCAGCCACCACCAUGCUUGGAAAUACAGUAUGAAGAGUGGUUCUCAGCGAUGUUUUGUGUUGGAUUUGCCCACAACAUAAUACUUUGUAUUCAGGACAGAAAGUUAAUUUCUUUUCACUUUAGGAUGCACAUGAUGCAUAUUUUGGAAUAUUUUUUUCUGUACAAGUUUUCUCCUUUUCACUCUGUCAUUUAGGUUAGAAUUGUGGAGUAACUACAAUGUUGUUGAUCCAUCCUCAGUUUUCUCCUAUCACACCACUAAACUCUGUAACUGUUUCAAAAACACAAUUGGUCUAAUGAUGAAAUCCCUGAGCGGUUUCCUUCCUCUACUACGGCAACUGAGUUAGGAAGGACGCCUAUAUCUUUGUAGUGACUGUGUAUUGAUACACCAUCCAAAGUGUAAUUAAUAAAUGGUGAUUUAUUUGACAAAA